AUGAUCCCACAGAGCACCACCGUUUGCAAACUAGUCUUGGCCUUUGCCCUGGUGGCAUCUUUGGUCCUUGGAGAAAACCUCAGAGUUCGUGAUGCGUCCACCAAGUUGCCGGAUGUGGAAGAAGGAGGUGGUACCAUUGGCAUGGUACGGACAGAAUUGGUAGAUGUGGAAGAAGGAGGCGGAACAAUUGGAAUGGCUCGCACCGAUGGGGGUAUGGCAGAUGUGGAAGAAGGAGGUGGCACCAUUGGCAUGGUUCGCACUGAUAUGGCUCUGCCGGAUGUCGAUGAAGGAGGCGGAACAAUUGGAAUGGUUCGCACCGAUGGUGGUAUGGCAGAUGUGGAAGAAGGAGGUGGUACCAUUGGCAUGGUUCGCACUGAUAUGGCUCUGCCGGAUGUCGAUGAAGGAGGCGGUACCAUCGGCAUGGUUCGCCUAACAAACUUGGCUGAUGUGGAGGAAGGUGGAGGCACUGUUGGUAUGGUUCUCAAAAGUAGCACAACUCACACUGCCAGUUUCCGAAAGCUUGAUUCGGCAUCUUCUGAUUCUGAGGAUAGCGGCUCAAGUUCUUCCGAGGACGAAAACCCAACCGACGCACCACCUGUCGCUGCACCAACUGAGAGUACAAGCCCCGAAUCGGGUGAUUCCGAGGACGAAAACCCAUCCGAAGCUUCACCCGUCGCUGCACCAACUGAGAGUGAUCCAGACGGCGACAGCAACAGCAUUGACGAGCUCAUUGACGAGGUCAUUGAGUCCGAUAAAAGGGGUUUUGGUAAUUUUUCGGCGAUCCUUGGGUACACCCUUGAUGAAGAUGGUCAAGGGUACACCGUUGGUGGUGGUGGUGAUGAAGGUGAUGGAGGUGCAAGUGCUAUUGAAGCUGAAUCUGAAUCUGAAUCUAACUCAAAAAGCGGGGAUGAUCCUGAAAAUGAAUCUCAAGAAGAACAGUCGCCGAUCCUUGCAGAGUUUCUUCAGCAGCACCAAGACAACGAAUAUCUGAAAGGUUCAAACAAUGCCUAA